AUUAAUUUAAGACGAAACUGACGUAUCGCGUCAUCCAAAACGGGUGGCGCAUAUGCGGGUUGUCUGUGGAAAACAAGUGAUUCUCAGUGUAUCCGAGCACAUUUCUACAAUUCGGCAUUUAGGAAGAGGGUGUUUUGGAAAAGGUCAUUCUGUUCUUGCUAUCCAUUCCACUGGACCCCUUGUCCUCCAUAGGUUAACGGGAGGAACCCCCUAUCCAAAGCGAAUGGUGUAAGCUAGAGCAGCGCGCACUGAGGAGAGAGGAGGGGGAUGCUCGGAGGAGGAGGAGAAAGCUGUGUAGUAAGGUUGCACUCUCCCUCACGUCAAUCGCAUUCACAUCAUAGGGUUAAGCAAAACCCGUGCAGACAUCCAUACCAUUUUAAAUCGUGCAUCUCAAAUUUAAUUUUGAGAUAAUUCAACGAAUAACAAUAGUCACAGUUUUGAGGAAAAGCAUACAGAGGACGACCUAAACACUAAGACUGUCCGUAGGAGCUCUGCAUUCCAGCAGGUGUGGAGUGAAAAGGCCACAUCUGGAUAAGGCAGCUGUCCAUGGUACUGAAGCUCUAACACAGCAGUGUGCACGUACAUGCCAACGGCUCACUCUUGACACCAGGUCCCCCGCAGCUGCUCUACACAAGUCCCACAGACACACACGUCGUCCGUUUACAGUGAAACAACAUCUCCAACCACACACACCAAGAUGGAGGAGGGAUACAGAGACCGGACGGCCUUCAUAAAAGGUGCCAAAGACAUUGCCAAAGAGGUGAAGCGCCAGGCGGGCAAGAAGGUGGGCCGGGGCGCGGACAAGAUGUCCGACGAGUACACCAAGCGCUCGUACGCGCGCUUUGAAGAAGAAGAUGACGACGAAGACUACCCCGUGCAGGCGCAGGACGGCACGUACUACCGCAGCAACAGCCGCGCAAACGACGAGGAGGGCCACAGCGACUCGACCGAGGGCCACGACGAGGACGACGAGAUCUACGAGGGCGAGUACCAGGGCAUCCCGCGUGGCGAGACCGCGGCCAAGUCCGACGCGGAGGCGCAGGCCGCGGGCCAGUUCCGGGACCUGGCGCAGCUAGAGGCCGAACGGCGCAAGGACCAGGAGGAGCUGGCCCAGCAGUACGAGACCAUCCUGCAGGAGUGCGGCCACGGGCGCUUCCAGUGGUCACUCUAUUUCGUGCUGGGCCUGGCGCUCAUGGCCGACGGCGUGGAGAUCUUCGUGGUGGGCUUCGUGCUGCCGAGUGCCGAGAGGGACAUGUGUCUGUCGGAACCCAACAAGGGCAUGCUGGGCGAUCAAAAUGAUCGGGGAAGCCGCCAAACAGGAAGCCUGAUUGUGUACUUGGGCAUGAUGGUGGGUGCCUUCGUGUGGGGAGGCCUUGCGGACAGGAUCGGCAGGCGGCAGACUCUCCUCAUCUCUCUCUCCAUCAACAGCGUGUUUGCCUUCUUCUCCUCCUUCGUGCAAGGCUACAGCUCGUUCCUCUUCUGCCGCCUCCUCUCUGGCGUGGGUAUUGGAGGUUCCAUCCCCAUCGUGUUCUCCUACUACUCGGAGUUCCUGGCCCAGGAGAAGAGAGGCGAGCAUCUGAGCUGGCUCUGCAUGUUCUGGAUGUUUGGGGGCAUCUACGCUGCUGCCAUGGCCUGGGCCAUCAUCCCUCACUAUGGCUGGAGUUUCCAGAUGGGCUCGGCAUACCAGUUCCACAGCUGGCGUGUGUUUGUUCUGGUGUGUGCCUUCCCCGCUGUGGCUGCCAUAGCAGCCCUCAAUACCAUGCCCGAGAGCCCUCGCUUCUACCUGGAGAAUGGGAAGCAUGAUGAAGGCUGGAUGAUCCUCAAGCAGGUCCAUGAUACCAACAUGAGGGCCAAGGGCUACCCUGAGAGAGUCUUCUCUGUCACUACCAUCAAAACUGUGAAGCAGAUGGAUGAGCUGGUGGACAUGGGAGAUUCAGCCGCCUGGCACCAGAAGUGGAGGAUGAAGCUGAGCAAUCUCUUCCAUCAGGUGUGGAGCAAUUUCCUGACCAUCUUCAACCCCGAGUUCCGCCGCACCACCUACAUGAUGAUGGCCGUGUGGUUCUCCAUGUCCUUCAGCUACUAUGGGUUGACUGUGUGGUUCCCUGACAUGAUCAAGUACCUUCAGAAGGAGGAGUACGCCGCACGCACCAAAGUCUUCAUCAAGGAGAAGGUGGAGCAUGUCACUUUCAAUUUCACUCUGGAGAACCAGGUGCACCGCAACGGCGAGUUCUUCAACAACAAGUUCUUAAACCUAAAGAUGAAAUCCAUGGUGUUUGAAGAUUCCAUGUUUGAGGAAUGCUACUUUGAGGACAUCACCUCCAGCAACACCUUCUUCAGGAACUGCACAUUCAUCUCCACCCUCUUCUACAACACAGAUCUCUUCAAGUUCCGCCUGGUCAACAGCAAGCUCAUCAACAGCACUUUCCUGCACAAUAAAGAGGGCUGCUUGCUGGAUUUCAGCGACGACAACAAUGCCUACAUGAUCUACUUCGUCAGCUUCCUGGGCACCCUGGCCGUGCUGCCCGGGAACAUCGUAUCGGCUCUGCUCAUGGAUAAGAUUGGACGCCUGAGGAUGCUGGCGGGCUCCAGCGUGAUCUCCUGUGUCAGCUGCUUCUUCCUGUCCUUUGGAAACAGCGAGUCGGCCAUGAUCGCCCUGCUCUGUCUCUUCGGAGGCAUCAGCAUCGCCUCCUGGAAUGCCCUGGAUGUGCUCACAGUAGAGCUUUAUCCGUCGGACAAAAGAUGCACAGCCUUCGGGUUCCUGAACGCGUUGUGCAAGCUAGCGGCUGUUUUAGGUAUAAGUAUCUUCCAGUCGUUCGUGGGCAUCACCAAAGCGGUGCCCAUACUCUUCGCCUCUGGUGCCCUCGCCGCCGGCAGCUUCCUGGCGCUCAAGCUGCCCGAAACGCGGGGCAUGGUGCUGCAGUAGUGUGGACUCCCUGCCUACAGGUGGCAGCGUAGAGUAGGGAGAGCCACACUGUGAAGACCACCCUCCCCCACCCAACCCCAGCCUAGUGAUCUCACUUGCAGACUUGGCCCUGGAGGUUUCAUUAUAGAUAUUACUCUCAACAACUGUCUGAUAACAUAUUUGCUUUUUUCAAUUGUUGUAAAUGUGUUGUUUGUUGAGAUACACAACAUAAAUUUGACACUCGGGUAAUUGGAAAAAAGUCCCCAUGUGUUUGAGAGCAGGAUGAACCUUUUCUCCAAGAUAAUGAGGCGAGACUGUAAGCCCAAUACUACGAGCCAUGCAAUUAUCUGUCCUUGCAGGAAAAAAAACCUCUAGCUUUCCUUUACAGGGUAAUUCAGUUUAUUUUCUGGUCCAUCCUUCUCUCCUCUUCUGAGUAUAGUCAGAUAGCCCAUCUCAUUUUGUCAUUUUUAAAUGUGGCACAAUCACAGAGACUUUAGGGUCCUGGUUUUCGUGGGAAAAACCAGGAUGUGAUUCCCUUAGAGUAAUGGUUGUGUAUGCGUAUGUACAGGAAAAAAAAACUGCCAUCUCUAGACAGACAUUCCAGAUUUAGUUUCUUUGUAGUUUGAAUGUGAUGAUCGACUCGCGGUCUGUUUGAUUUUUUCCCUUUAAUCCUUAUUCAAAAUGGUGUGCUAUCUCAAACGACGUGGGGAGGCUGGUGGAGUCAGGCAAUUGGUAUUUCUGAAUGGACAGUGUUGAUAUAGUGUGGUGGUGAUUGAUAUUGUGUACCUCUGGUCAGUUUGUCAUCAAGACAGUUUUUAAAAAGAUAGCAGCUGUUUGUGUGUGAGUUGUGUGUAUAUGUGAGAUGGAUCAGUUGUCUGAAAAAAAAGGGUUGUUCAGCACUCCUCAUGUUCAAAGCACAGCUGUUUUGAAAUAGGAAAACCUCUGGCUAUACCAUAGUUGUAUCCAAACAGUCUGACCAAUGCUCAUCUGUUGACUGUAGUUUUAUGUCGUAACAGUAUGCAGUAAGUGACUUUUUUGACACGCAGAAGUGACAGAAGGAUCGCGUUAGACACACGUCGUGCUGCAUCGGAAUAUGCUUUGAACCUAGCCUAUUUAGAGAGUGUUCUGCAUGUAACCAAGUGUGGAAAUGCAUUGAAACAUGCUUGAAGAUAGUAUAAAUGUGAUAUACAAGAGAGAAAGACAUUGCUGUAUACCCAAUAUAUGUGGAACAUGCUAUGGCUUGCGCAAGCCAUGAAAGACAAGACCUGAAAAGAGAUCAUUUGCGCAAUGUUUUUUUUUUCAUAUUCAGAUCCCUCACCAAAGGGCCCCUGUGGUCUGGUGUUUGUUUUGCAGUUUGUGUUUCCAGCUGUGGAAAUCACUUCCUCUAAUGUUUUAUGUCAAAUAGAGCACUCCUUGAAUGUGCACAAAUGUUUAUUUUUUUUUUUUCAAUGUUUUACCCAUGUCAAGUGGCCGUUUAAUGUUCUCCUGGACUAUGCGUUAGUUAAGAAAUAUCCACGUCUUUUCCUCCGUCUGCACAAGACACCUCCAGUAGGUACACACACAACACCGAAAUACACUGAGGGAAGUCUAAACUAAGCACAAGAUGGUUUGACAAGACUAUAAAAAAAACCUAUAGGUUUAUUUUAAUGAUGAUGUAAAUUAUGUAUUGAAUAUAAAUAUGAAAAAAUUGCAGUUUAGUCCAUAAUCAAGUCUGUAUGUUUGAAAGAUUUACUAGCUAAUAUACAAUAACAUUCACAAGAAAAAAAAUGACUUUCUGUUUCAGAUAUUAAAAAAAUCUACCAAUAUAACAUAUUAGAUAGAUUCCAUUUGAUGUACAUAUGUGUAUUUGUCAAGAUGUUUGCUUUUAUUUUAAAUGAUGUUUAAAUUCAGAUGAUAAACAGAUCUAUAUAUGGAUAUGCAGUAAUUGCAUACUCUUUUGCCCAUUGUUUGUUUCCUGUCAUUUGCCAAGAGAAAGAGGUAUCUAUUUGUAGGUAUGUAUGUAUGUACGUAUGUAAGUAUGUGUGCUUGCAUGUGAACUGUUGAGUGUACUCGAGCAUUUUUAAAUAUUCAUUUGACUUGAUUUGUUAUGGGGGUUUGGUUGUCUAGUGUUUUUUUUAAUUUAUAUAUAUUUUUUUACUUUCUGUAGAAUACAGAUGUAGUGCCAGGAGCUAUGGGAUUUAUUCACCAUGGCAUCGUUGACCUGAUUGUCGACCUGUGUCUCAUAACACGAACUGAAUCUAUAUAUAAACACAACAGGCAAGUCCAUACAGGGAGACAUGUUAGACACUCACAAGGAUAUACAUCUGAAGUUACAAAAUUUCGUCCUUUGUUGCCUUGGGAACCAUUGGAUGGCAGUUUGUGUGGUCAGCUGAAGUGGACAUUUGAGUGGCAUGGAAUGUCUCCUUUUUUUUAAAAGGGGGCGUGAAGUGUGUAGUAACAAAAAAAAAAAAAAACGUCUGCCCAGACUACAAGUAGUAACUUCACAGAAUCUGUAUACUGCCACUCUUUAGGAUAGCAGCCAUAUUGUUGGUGUGUAGCUUUGGACACACCCUGUAGUAAAGCAAUCUGUUGUUGUAGUCACAUGACUCCUCUGAUAUUUCCCCCAUUGCCUUGCCAGUCAAGAAACGCGUUAGCGUGAGUGUUUGCUCAUUCAAAGGGAACCACAUGGCACAAACCAAAGCAAACGUAGGUCGCAAGACAGCUUCACAAAAGCACAACGUCAGUGGCCUGACACUCUCUAGCUCCCCAGCGCAGGGCCCAUCGUUCAGAUAAUGCUGACUGCUUGUCCGACUGUUUGCUGUUUUGAGACCACAGAUGAAAGGCCUUCAUGCUUGGGGCUCGGGCUCGGGUCUCUCCUAUCUGCUGGGAACACAUGAACUGCCAUCCUGACCCCCUGGUGUAGUUGGUACCAGCUCCGUCACAGCCACUCUUGUGACAAUCUUAUUUGUGCCAUGAAUGAUAUGUCCUGUUGAUUGCCAAAUGUUUUAUACUUCUUUAGCACCGUUGUUAACAGUAAACCUUAAUAAAUAUGGCACGGCACAAAGACUAGGGACUAAAACAACACGUGAGCAUCAGGGCAGUCUUUGUGGGUGAAGUAGAGCAGUUGGUAUUAAUGCCAUGAUGGAAAGUCAACUGAACGUGAUGUCAUUUCCUAACGCAGCCCCCCCCAAAACCCCUACUCCUUCCUGAUUGGCUUAGAUGGACUGGAGGCAGUAGAAUUCCAUCAUAGUCAUACUGCCCAUUGAUUGAAACAAAGUCAAAAUGAAAAGCCAUAGCCUAGAUGAAUCCGUUUCAAAUGGACAACCCUGCACCUGUGUUACGCAGUGGGUGUGCAUAUGAACACUAAGGACAUUCUAUUCUAUAAUGUGAUUUGGAAUGCAAGUCCGUAAAGGUUGUUUGGGCCGUGUCACAGAAUUUGAAACACAUGGACACACAUGGAAAUAUGCAAAUAUGCAAAAGUGGAUUGUGGGUGCAUCUGGCCCUCUCUGAAACCAGAUGGGGUCCAAUUCAGAUUUGUUCCGGCACCUUCCGUGAGGAAUUCAGUGGCAUAGAGAUCAGUCUGUCUUGUACCAUCAGUGCUGAAGCAUGCUUUCUAUUCUGUCGCCUUCAAUUGCCAGGUCUUAUCCAUGCGUUGUCCCGUUACACCGACUAAUUACAAUGAGGAUGUCAAUAUUGCUGUUGUACGCUGUGUAAACGCAAGUAACCUAUCUCAGUGACACUACAAGUUUGUCUCGCUGUGGAAGCGGUCUUGGACCUAUUGUGAACUUCCCCUGUUUGAAUUGUUUUGGUGGUCGUAUAAGUUCCAUUUUGUUACAGGGUUUCAUUUUUUGUAUUCGUAACUUGACGGGAGCAACAAUCAAUCGUGUGCAAAACGUAAACAAAGCAAUAAGUGACAAAAACAUAUAUCUCUGACACACCCGGGAACCAUUAGGAGAAAGCACAUUGGAAAUUUACAGGCCACCUCCAGCAAAGGAGCAGGUGUUAGUGAUUAAACAAGACAGAAAAAAAAUUCAGUGAACGGCCAACAUCUACGUACUCUACAAAAAAAAUACCAUAGGUCUUUUGAAGCUUUUGUCAAUUGAAAUGUAUUGCCAUAAUUUAAAUGUGACAGGAAAUUUAUCACGUUAUCAUUGUACCGUGCUGUAGAGAUUGUAGUCGUUUGUAUGUACAAGUAUAACUAUGUGGAACAAUAAAAAUGACAAAAGACAAAAAACUCAAACAUAAGUAAUAGAGUAUCAUAGUAUGUUGUCGAAAAAAUGUGUGUUUUGUUUUUUGUACAUGAGAAUGGAGAGAAACUAAAAAUGAACUAUUAUGAAUUAAUGUAUUGCGAUUCGUGUGAGAUUAUUUUAUUUGAUUUAACUUCAUUAUUUUACACUUGUGCAGUUACCUUGUUAACUUGUCCAUAAAUGGAUUUAAAAUAUACAAAUAAACAUCUGUCAUUAUAAUUAUGA